AUGACUCUGCUGUGUAGUAGUACAUGGUACAAGGCCCAAGAUUUGCUAAAGAUUGUGAUACGUGUCCGCAAAACACUUUAUGAACAUCGACUUGGGCCACAGGGUAUCAGUCAACUGAAAGCAAUAUAUGUCGAGCUGGGAAAGACACAAACGGGCUGCCCAUUAUCAGCCACUGCGCGUUUUCCGGCCAAUUUGUGUUAUGUGUGCGAGGCAAACGGAGAGUGGCCGUCACUGAUGCAACAGCUACGGUUGGCUGUCUGUCGGCUGACAGUGGACCAACCAACCACGGCGUGUGUAGAUGUAGCAUUUAGUUUCAGGGAUCCUGAGCAGUCCUUGUGGGAGGCCACCUCAAAUGUUAUGAAUGCUAUUGGAAAUAUGCGGGAUGUGUUUGUGAGAGAGACAGUUGAAUCAGAAAUGAUUUGGCGCAAAGAUAAAAAGGGCUAA